UUCACUUCCUGGUCUGUGCGCUUCCUUCCAUGUUUAUGGACGUAGCGUGCUGAGAGUUUUCGACCCGCUAUUUGUGUCCUAUCCGGUCGAAAUUUACAAAAAUUCGAGUCGGAGCUAAGUCUGCUAUUGUCACUUGAAGAUUCUUCGUGCAAGGGAGAUCAUUUGAUGCAGCAGUAGCUAUGGGCGAGGACAAAACCGGCAAGUCGGGUAAGCCGCAUGCUAAAAUGGCGGUGCGCCCUGCGGACCGAUCCAUGGCAUCGAUCAGCCUCACCGAAAACCAACAAUCGUUGUCCGCAGGCGACAGAGAACGCGAUCGGGAGAGACCUGAUAGAAGACGUCGCUCGCGGUCUCGGGAGCAUCGGAAAAGGUCGCGCUCCCGCAGCAGGGAAGCCAGGGAACGCAAUCGGUCGAGGUCACGCAGUCGAGAGCGUCGCGAAAGGACCGCAAAGCGGAGCCGUUCUAGAAGCCCAAAAGAUAAAAGGGCAGUGCGUCGAAGAAAGCCUUCCCUUUACUGGGAUGUGCCGCCGCCUGGCUUCGAACACAUUACUCCGCUGCAGUAUAAGGCCAUGCAAGCGGCUGGUCAAAUUCCGGCAAACAUUGUUGCUGACACGCCACAGGCUGCAGUGCCUGUGGUCGGAUCCACCAUAACGCGACAAGCCAGGAGACUGUAUGUGGGCAACAUCCCUUUCGGAGUUACAGAGGAAGAGAUGAUGGAGUUCUUCAAUCAGCAGAUGCAUCUGUCUGGAUUGGCACAGGCAGCAGGAAACCCUGUGCUUGCCUGUCAAAUCAACUUGGACAAGAAUUUCGCUUUCCUUGAGUUCCGAUCAAUUGAUGAGACUACUCAGGCGAUGGCCUUUGACGGAAUCAAUUUUAAGGGGCAAAGCCUGAAGAUAAGGAGGCCACACGACUACCAACCCAUGCCGGGAAUGUCCGAAAAUCCUGCGAUGAAUGUACCAGGUAGUGUCAUAAGCACAGUGGUGCCGGAUUCCCCGCACAAGAUCUUCAUUGGCGGGCUUCCCAACUACCUGAACGAGGAGCAAGUUGGAUUCUCCGGCUCGGGCCAGCAGAGCUCUGCGCUCGGCUCAGUGAUCAAGGACCUGCUCUCUUCAUUCGGGCAGUUGCGAGCAUUCAACCUGGUCAAGGACUCUGCCACUGGUCUGUCCAAGGGAUAUGCGUUCUGUGAAUACGUUGAUGUUAGCGUCACUGAUCAGGCAAUCCAAGGUCUGAACGGUAUGCAGCUUGGAGACAAAAAACUUAUAGUCCAGCGAGCUAGUGUUGGAGCCAAGAACAACACUCUGACCGCUCAAGCACCAGUACAGGUGCAGGUGCCAGGACUGAACCUUCUUGCAGGAGCCGGACCAGCCACAGAGAUUUUGUGUCUGAUGAACAUGGUAACUCCCGAUGACCUGUUGGACGAGGAGGAGUACGAGGACAUUCUUGAAGACAUUCGUGAAGAGUGCGGCAGGCAUGGAAUCGUGCGCUCGCUAGAAAUUCCAAAACCCAUCAAAGGUGUUGACGUGCCAGGUUGUGGAAAGGUAUUUGUCGAGUUCAACACAAUUGGAGACUGCCAGAAAGCCCAGCAGGCAUUGACCGGCCGAAAAUUCAACAACCGUGUGGUUGUGACGUCGUAUUAUGACCCGGACAAGUACCAUCGUCGUGAAUUUUAGUGCUGGACUUAAAUUAUGUUUAAUCGGUUGAUUAAUGUCUGACUUUUUCGGAUAUGAAGUUAUUUCGCAUGCUUUUCUUUGGAACUUGUAUAUUAUUAUUAUGGAAAAGCUGGUUGUAGCUGUUUAUGUAUUAAAAUUAAUCGCUUUAGCAAGAAUGUUCCCUCUGUAAUAAAUGAGAAAAACCUCGUCGUACUAAAAGAAAA